UCAUAAAUUUGUGGUAUCAUUCGGACUUUGUUUGUUUGUUUGUUUGUUUGUUUGUUUUUCCACCACUGCUUUUGAGUUCCGCAGAAGAGUGUUUUCUCUGACUUCAUCUAAAGGACUCUUCAAGGAGCUGAAACAGAAACACUCCACCUGGAGGAGGUAGCCUGACAGCAGCAUCACGGUUCCUCCCGGUGUCCCUGAACGCCUCAUGGUGAGUCCAGGGUAUUUAACAUUCUACCCUGGACAGCGGCAGGUUGUUGCGCAAGCGCAGCCCAUUCAGUCUGCAUGAAUACGGAGCGAGGAGAGGACAGGAGCACUGGGAGUACUGGGACUGGGAGGACACAGUGGACUGGACGGACCGGACCGGACCCGGGCAGGCGGACAUGGAUGGACAGAACGGCAGCAGCAGCAUCUGCUCCCGGCCGCACGGCACCGUGACGGACGGCAAGAAGAAGAAGGAGAAGAAGAAGAAAAUCCCCGACAGAGUGACUCUGAAGAAGGAGAUCGGGCUGCUGAGCGCCUGCACCAUCAUCAUAGGGAACAUCAUCGGCUCCGGGAUCUUCAUCUCUCCAAAGGGAGUCCUGGAGCACUCGGGCUCAGUGGGUCUGGCAUUGGUGGUUUGGGUACUGGGAGGCUGCAUCGCUGCCUUGGGCUCCCUCUGCUACGCUGAACUGGGCGUCACCAUCCCCAAAUCUGGAGGAGACUACUCUUAUGUCACGGAGAUAUUUGGUGGUCUGAUGGGGUUUCUGCUGUUGUGGAGCGCCGUCCUCAUCAUGUAUCCGACCACGCUGGCCGUCAUCGCCCUCACAUUCUCCAGCUACGUCCUGCAGCCCGUCUUCCCAAAUUGUGUUCCUCCAUACAUGGCAACACGGAUGCUGUCCGCCACCUGUCUCUUGCUGCUGACCUGGGUGAACUGCUCCAGUGUUCGUAUGGCCACCAGGAUCCAGGACGUCUUCACGGUGGGGAAGCUGAUGGCCCUGGGCCUCAUUAUCGUGGUCGGCCUGGUCCAGAUCUGCAAUGGGAACUACGAGGCGCUGACUCCCCAGGUGGCCUUCUCCCUCGACAGGACGCCGUCGGUGGGUCAGAUCGCUCUGGCCUUCCUGCAGGCCUCCUUCGCCUUCAGUGGAUGGAACUUCCUCAACUACGUCACGGAGGAAGUGGUUGAACCCAGACGGAAUCUACCUCGUGCCAUCUACAUCUCCAUACCAUUGGUGACCUUUGUGUACACGCUCACCAACAUCGCCUACUUCUCCUCCAUGUCGCCCGAAGAGCUGCUGUCAUCCAAUGCCGUGGCUGUAACAUUCGGAGAGAAGCUGCUGGGAAUGUUCUCCGUCAUCAUGCCGAUCUCCGUGGCUCUGUCCACCUUCGGGGGAAUCAACGGCUACCUGUUCACCUCCUCCAGGUUGUGUUUCUCCGGAGCCAGAGAGGGUCACCUGCCCAGCCUGCUGGCUAUGAUUCAUUAUAAGAACUGCACACCCAUCCCUGCCCUGCUGGUCUGCUGUGCCGCCACCAUCGUCAUCCUCUGCAUCGGAGAGACACACAACCUGAUCAACUACGUCUCCUUCAUCAACUAUCUGUCGUACGGCGUCACCAUCGCAGGCCUGCUGUACUACCGCUGGAAGAAACCCAACCUGUACCGACCAAUCAAGGUGAACCUGCUGGUUCCUGUGUGCUACCUGAUGUUCUGGGCGCUGCUGCUGGGUUUCAGUCUUUACUCAGAGCCGGUGGUUUGCGGCGUGGGUUUAGUCAUCAUGCUCACCGGGGUACCUGUCUACUUCCUGGGCGUCCACUGGAAAGAAAAACCAAAGUGCAUCUACAACUUCAUCGAGAGGGCGACAUACGUGGGCCAGAGGUUGUGUUUCGUGGUCUUUCCUCAGAUCGACCCCAUUGAGACCCCCAACCCUUCAGAAUGGACUGACCGCUCAUCAGGCAGGAGCAGUUUGUCUGCCAAUUCUUAAAACUUUUUUGUCCCUGAAUAUAUGAAGAUCUUUUGUUUUUGCCUCCUUGUUUUUAUUCCGUCACUGUGUAAGUCCGGACACUUCUUCCAGGUUUGGGAACUUCCCGUCUGACCUUUGACCCUCUGAGACUCUGGUUUCCCUGCAGUCGAGUGGAAACACCCGCUCUUCUGCGCGGGCUUCUUGCAUUUUUUAUUUUCCUCUCUUUUCUACUAAGUCGUCAAGUUACAACAACCUAAUGCCAACAGUGUCACGCUGUUGAAAAUGACUUUUAUUCCCCUUUUGGACCCAUUUGUUCCUUUUUUUUCUGUAACAUGACAGAACUCUGAGCGACUGGCGGCUCUUUCUUCUGAAUGUUGCUGCUGUUAUAUCGUGCCUUAAGGCCUUUUCACACCAAGUCCCAAACAAAUCAUCAGUAUUCUGAAAACAGUAAAACAAAAUAAUCUCAGAGAAGAUCUGAAACUGAGUGAAACCUCAAACUACAACACGACAGCCUUCAUGUAUUGUUGUUGUUUAUUCUUUUCAACUGCUGCGUAACUGUUUUUAGUGUCACAAUUCCCACCUGAUAUACAUAUAUCUGUGAUUUCACUGGUCUCAUAUCCUGUUCCACUGGAAGAAGAGGUUGAGAGAAUAUUUUAGGCACUUAAUCAGUAGAGAUGAUUCAUCAUAACAUCGUCCUUAAAGGUAGCCGAAGAGAAAACCAGAACUUCGGGUCGCAGAGCGUCGUUCCUGUGGGCUACAGUAACACUAAACCCCUGCGCUUGCCUGAGAAGGACUAAAUGCACAAACUCGCUAUUUUUUAAAUAUUCCACAGAGAGAGACUCUCACUGCAGCCUGUUCUAUUUUGUUCUAAAAAUGUGGUUCCUGGUUCCUUUGUUUCAAAGCCAAUAGGUUUUUUGAAUGAGUUUUUGGUUAGAUGCCUGAAUUAAGGUCUGUAUUUAACACAAGCUGGAGAGACUUUCAAGUUUUGUUCCACGACAUAAAAUACAUCAGUAAAUACCCCACAAUGUUGAAGCUUCUAUGUAAGUUAAAAAAGGAGGUUGAUCAUCGUCAUGUCGACCAUGGCUUUACAGCCAUUAUUAUUGUGGUGGGGCCGUUAAGUCAUGUGACUGUGGCGCGGUUUGUUUAUAGCCUAAUGCUAGCUUUUUACCUCCUGCAAUUGCAUUUAGGCUUUGAAAAUCAUAAAAGUGGCCUCAAUUUGUCUUGCUGGACAAAAUGUGCCAGUAUCAUAACCUUCUGUUUACCACAGAGCUUAUUUGCUGUCAGUGUGUCCCAUUCUUGUGAAUGAGAUAUUUUAAGAACACCUGAGGGAAUUUCUACAACUUUAGCACAAACAUCCACUUGGAUUCAACGAUGAACAGAUGACAUUUUAGUGUCACAGGUUAAAGAUUAAGGUCACUGUGACCUAGUUUGUGUCACUCUUGUGAAAGCAAUAUCUCAAAAACACCUGUAGGGAUUUUU